AAAUGGACUCAAUUUAGAGCAAGAAGGGACAUGAAAGAUGUCGCGCUGUGAGGAGGCAUAGGCGACUUAUUAAAACAGCAGGAAGGACCCUUGGACUUGAGCCAAAUAGGAUCUCACCCUGUCGUGCUCCGACCGGAUUUUGGAGAAGUUUGGAUUUACCUGUUGAGAUGCUCUCCUGCUUUGGUCUCUGUGUCCGGUGACUGAUUUCUACCAGUCCUGAAAGCUGUGUGUGUGAUUGGUGUCAGACAUAUAAAAGUGACAUAUUCUCUGAGAGGGUGCAGUUUGGGACCGAAUGUUGAGAUGCAAGUAGACUCCAACUUACUACAUUUUUUCAAUGACAUGAACCAGAUGGAGUUUCCGCAAAAGUGCACUUUGGGACCGAAUCAGCAGGUGGAUGAUGACGCAUCCAGCCCGAGCGACCAGACGCGGCUGAGCGACUCGCCCUGGAGCGACCUGGAAAGCGGCGAGCGCACCGCGGAGCUCUGCACCGAGCAUCUGGUGAUGGGCGCACCGAGGUACUACAGCCGCGGGGCGCACGGGCAUCACGGCAGGGCCAAACGGAGGAGGAUCAUCACCGUGGUCCAGCGGCAGGCGGCCAAUGUGCGGGAAAGGAAGCGGAUGUUUAGCCUGAAUGAGGCGUUUGAUGAACUGAGGAGGAAAGUUCCCACAUUCGCCUACGAGAAGAGACUGUCCCGCAUCGACACGCUGCGUCUGGCCAUCGUCUACAUCUCAUUUAUGACGGACCUGCUGGAGAACACCUGAUUUAAAGGAGCCCAAUGUGAACUUUAUUCCUUGGAGACUUUGGGUUUGAUAUGAAAUGGCUGAACUGGUGAAUUUAUAUUCAUGUUUCUGCAAACCGGGGGUCAGUUCCUGAAAUAUUAGAACUAUACCACAACAAAUAUUUAAAAACUAUACAGACAUUUUUACAUUUCAAUAACUCAUCUCUCAGAAAAGUAAAGCGGUGACAUCAUGAUUUAAUUUUGCCAAUGACCUGCUAAAUUAUUGGACGUGACCUAAACCAGCCGAGAGCAACUCCUCCAAAUAUUUCUCUUAAUAUAUGUGACUUUUUGCUGCUUUUAAAUAAAUCUAUAUGCUAUAAUAAUUUGUGUUCUUCGCUGCGCACUAAAGAAAACAACAUAAGAUGUCAUUUAUAAUUUGGCCAGACUGUAAUGUGCACAAUCAAUACUCCUAAAUGCAUUUGUUUCGUAUUAGAAGGAUCCGUCCAGACUGAAACAGUAAUAAUAUAAUUUUCAAUAU